AUGGAAAUUUGCUUACACGUCAUAGCGGAAAAUGUCAUCUUCUACCAAACAGAUAUAUCAUCUGCAGCCGCGAUCAAGCAAGUCGCAGAGGAUAUUCGCCGACAACACGGCGAUCCAACAGUCUUGAUCAACAAUGCCGGCACUGGAAACAGCGUGCUAAUCAUAGACCAGCCUACCAAAGAAACAGAAAGGAUCUUCAAUAUCAACAUUCUUUCCCACUUUCAUCUCGUGAGGGAGUUCCUUCCUGCCAUGGUCAAGCAGAACCACGGCCAUAUCUUGACUGUGGCGAGCAUGGCAUCCUUCGUUACUCAAGGGAAGAACGUGAGCUACGCGUGCACGAAGGCAGCCGCUUUGUCCUUCCACGAAGGGCUUGCGCAGGAGCUUAAACACCGUUACAAUGCUCCGAAGGUUCGCACAACGAUUAUCCACCCUACCCUUACUCGUACACCUCUUGUGGAUCAUAUCACCAGGGAUAAACAGUCACAGAACUUUUGUCUGGAGCCGGAGACUGUUUCGGAUGCUAUCGUUGACCAGCUUUAUGCUGGAGAAGGCGCCCAACUCAUAUUACCCUGUCGAUUCACUUUUAUUUGUGGCAUCCGUGGCUUUCCGUCCUGGUUUCAGGAGUUGAUUCGUGAUGCUUUGACGUCGAGUCGCAAAUCGAAAGAUUCCUAG